GGACUGCCCGGCCCAGCCUUGGAGGAAGACUUCUGGGCAGAAACGGAACACAGGAGCAGAGACACAUAGUCUUGGCCCCAGUUUCAUCUCAGUUAUGCCUACGUUUUCAGUGUUCAUGGAUGUGCCCCUCGCUCACAAGCUAGAGGGCAGCUUGUUAAAGACCUACAAACAAGAUGAUUGCCCGAACAAGAUGUUCUUAGCCUAUAGAGGGGGAGAGGUGCGGCCCAAGCUUCUGCGGGUAGCGGGUAUACAUACUGUUGGUGACAGUGGUGCCUUCCAGCUUGGGGUCCAGUUUCUCAGAGCUUGGCAUAAGGAUGCUCGUAUAGUUUACAUCAUCUCUUCUCAAAAAGAACUGCAUGGACUCGUCUUCCAGGACAUGGGCUUUACAGUUUGUGAAUACUCCAUCUGGGACCCCAAGAAGCUAUGCGUGGACCCCGACAUACUCCUCAAUGUGGUGGAGCAGAUCCCACAUGGCUGUGUCCUUGUGAUUGGGAACAUUAUCGACUGCAAGUUGACACCAACUGGGUGGGCAAAGUUGAUGUCCAUGAUAAAGAGCAAGCAGAUAUUCCCAUUUUUUGAUAUUCCCUGUCAAGGUUUAUACACCGGUGACUUGGAAGAAGAUACUAGAAUCUUACAAUACUUUGUGUCUCAAGGCUUUGAGUUCUUCUGCAGCCAGUCUCUGUCCAAGAAUUUUGGCAUUUAUGAUGAAGGAGUGGGGAUCCUAGUGGUGGUGGCAGUCAACAACCAGCAGCUGCUGGGUGUCCUCUCCCAGCUGAAGGGAUUAGCCGAGGCCCUGUGGCUAAAUCCUCCCAACACGGGUGCACGCAUCAUCACCUCCAUCCUCUGCAACCCUGCUCUGCUGGCAGAAUGGAAGCAGAGUCUAAAAGAAGUUGUAGAGAACAUCAUGCUAACCAAGGAAAAAGUGAAGGAGAAACUCCGGCUCCUGGGAACCCCUGGGUCCUGGGGUCACAUCACUGAGCAGAGUGGGACCCAUGGCUAUCUUGGACUCAAUUCCCAGCAGGUGGAAUACCUGGUCAGGAAGAAGCACAUCUACAUCCCCAAGAACAGUCAGAUUAACUUCAGCUGCAUCAAUGCCAACAACAUAAAUUACAUCACUGAGGCCAUCAAUGAGGCUGUCCUCCUCUCAGAGGGCUCAGAGAUAUGUCUUCCAAAGGGAAAAAAACCCUGAUUGGAAUAAAACUUUAGUCUUUGC